AUGUCCCUCGAAGGGCCGGUCUUGCUGCUCGGCUGCGGCAAGAUGGGCGGCGCCUUGCUCGCCGGCUGGCUCGACCGGGGCCUGCCCGGCGCGCAGGUCACGGUGAUCGAGCCGCAGGCCGCGGCGGUCGCGGAUUUCACGGCACGCGGUGUCGGCCAUGUCGGUUCCGCUGAGCAACUGCCCGGGGAUCUGCGGCCCAAGGUCGUGCUGCUGGCCGUCAAGCCGCAGAUGAUGGGCGAGGCUCUGCCGCCCCUGGCCCGGUUGGCCGGGCCGGAGACGGUCUUCCUCUCGAUCGCCGCCGGCAAGACGGUGGACAGCCUGACCGCCCUGCUGAUGCCUGAGGCGGCGGUGGUUCGCGCGAUGCCGAACACGCCUGCCGCCGUCGGCCGGGGCAUGUCGGUGCUCUACGCCAACGCGCGGGUGGACGCGCGACAGCGCGCGCUCUGUGCCGAGCUGAUGACGGCGGCCGGCGAGACCGCCUGGAUCGAGGACGAGGCGCUGAUGGACCCGGUCACCGCCCUGUCCGGCGGCGGGCCUGCCUACGUCUUCCUGUUGAUCGAGGUGCUCGCCAAAGCCGGGAUCGCGGCAGGCCUGCCCGCUGAACUGGCCGAACGCCUCGCGCGUGUCACGGUCGCCGGAUCGGGGGAGCUGGUCCAUCGCUCCGACCUGUCGCCGGCGACGUUGCGGGAGAACGUGACCAGUCCCGGCGGCACCACUCUGGAGGCUCUGAAGGUAUUGAUGGCGGAGGAUGGGCUGCAGCCUCUGGCUGCCGCGACGCGGGUUCAGGCCGUCCUCUCCGAGGCGGGAUUGGAGGCGAAGGUCCGCGAGUUCCCUCAGUCGACCCGGACGGCGGAGGAGGCCGCUGCGGCUAUCGGCUGUGACGUCGCCCAGAUUGCCAAGUCGUUGAUCUUCAAGGGCGCGACCAGCGGGCGUUCGGUUCUGGUCGUUGCCAGCGGCGCCAACCGGGUCGCGGAGCGUAAGGUGGCGGCGCUGAUCGGCGAGCCCCUGGAAAAGGCCGAUGCCGCCUUCGUACGCGAGAUGACGGGCUACGCCAUCGGCGGCGUUCCGCCGGUCGGCCACGAGGUGGCGCCGAUCACCGUGAUCGACGAAGAGCUGUUGCGGCUCACCGAGAUCUGGGCUGCCGCCGGCACGCCCAAUGCCGUUUUCGCCCUAACGCCCGACGCCUUGAUGAAAGUGACUCUGGGCCUCAAAGGCGACAUCAAGAAGGGUGGGACGGCCUGCAGAGCGAUGGCCGAAGCCAAGAAAACCGCCAAAACAGGUGCGGGGAAAAGCGGUAGCAAGACGAGCGGGGCAAAGACCGCCGCCGCCAAACGGACCGUCAAGAAACGCGCCCCGGCGAAGGCCGCGCCGCCGCGCGACAUCGCCCGGGAAACGCUGGACGCAGCCCUGAGGCUGGCCGCCACGCGCAGUUGGGCCGAUAUCGCCCUGGCGGAGAUCGCGGAGGAGGCCGGGCUGAAACUGUCUGAAAUCUAUGCGAUCUACCCGACCAAGGGCGCGAUCCUGGCCGCCUUUUCCCGCCGGAUCGACGGUCUUGUCCUCGCCGAGGACAUGGAGGGACUGGAGGACAGCCCGGCGCGCGAUCGGCUGUUCGACGUGAUGAUGCGUCGCUUCGAUGAGUUGGAGCCCUAUCGUGACGCGGUCGGUAACAUUCUCGCCGACCUCUGGUCCGACCCGGUCUCGGCGCUCGGCGGCCUGCCGCAGUUGUCCCGCUCCAUGGGCUGGAUGCUGGAGGCGGCCAGCGUCCCGACCGAAGGCUGGCGCGGUCUGCUGCGCGUUCAGGGACUGGUCGGUAUCUACCUGGCCACGCUACGGGUCUGGCUGCGCGACGACAGCGCCGACAAGUCCAAGACGAUGGCCCAGCUCGACGCCUACCUCCGGCGCAUCGAGACUCUCUCGGAGCGUUUCGGGCGCCGCGAUCUGUCGCAGGACGCUGCCUAG